AUGAUAGCCAUGGCCCAUUUGAAGAUCCUCCCCGUCAAAACCCUCUAGAAGAAGCCCUAGGUAGGGCUUCAAUUUCGGAGGCCAGAGCAACCAAAAUGGCUUCUUUCGGCUCUCUCAAAUCUGUCAUCUUCGACAAGGAAGAGCGUAAACAGCAAUAUCAAGCUCAUAUAAGAGGGCUCAAUGCAUAUGAUCGCCACAAGAAAUUUUUGAACGAUUACGCUGGCUUCUAUGGUGAGCAAAGAUCCACACAUACAAAAUUGCCUGUUAAAACUGAUCAAGACACUAUUAGAGAAGGAUACCGGUUCAUCCUUUCUGAGGAAGAUGAAAUGGAUCAAUCAUGGGAGCAAAGAUUGGUGAAGCGUUACCAUGACAAGCUUUUCAAAGAAUACUGCAUAGCUGACAUGUCUCAGUACAAGAGUGGCAAGAUUGGCCUGAGGUGGAGGACUGAGAAGGAAGUCAUAUCUGGGAAAGGGCAGUUCAUAUGUGGUAACAAACAUUGCGAUAAAAGAGAUGGCCUAGCAAGCUAUGAGGUGAACUUUUCUUAUUUUGAGGCUGGAGAAAACAAACAGGCCCUAGUGAAAUUAGUAACUUGUGAGAGAUGUGCAGAAAAGCUUAAUUACAAAAAACGAAAAGAGAAGGAGCAAUCAGCAAAAAGAGAGAAAGAAGAGCACAAAAGAAAAAGGGAAAGAGUAAGUAGUGAUGAUGAUACAGAAAAUGAGCAUAAGCAGAACAAAGAGAGGAGAAAAGGAAAGAAGGCUUCAACCUCAGCUCGCGAUCAUAAGGCUGAAGAUGACGAAACUUUUGAUGAGUUCCUUGAGGGAAUGUUUCCAUAAAUUUGAGCAGAAUCACUGCUGCUAUACCCCUAAGGUACCAACUCUGUUUUUGACAACAAUGGUGAAUUGAACGGCUGAAGUAAUGUUUCAUGGGCUAAGGCUUUUAUAGCCAUCUACAACAACAGUCAUCCAUGUAAUCUGCAGAUUCCUUGAAUAGAUUUUGCAUUAUACAUCUUGUCUAGGGCUGCUCAAAGAAUUCCUCCUACUGUUAUAUAUGUCUUGCAUGCUCACAUUUUGAUAAUGUGAAAGGAAAAAUAAUGUAAUUCGACCCGUAUGAUACAGUUGUAACUUGUUUAAAUUUUGAAAAUCAUAUUUGCAAAGUGUCUUCA